GCGAAUAUUUGAUUUCUCAUAUCCACCGAUGAGGUUGGUAAAUGUUGAAUGUGGAACUGAAUUGCAAAGGCGGUGCCCUCUUUCUUUGUAACACAACACCCUCUCCCCCGAUCCCUCUUUGGGUCUUUGCUUUCAAAUCCAACAAAAUCAAUGGAUCAAAGUUUCAACGAUCGGGUGGAUAAAGUAUUUGGGUCUAUUUCAUCUUCUUCGUCGACGCCGUGGUCUCUCACCGACGCCCAGGUUGAAAGGCGAGUGUGGAACCGUCAUAAAGCUGACAAUAAAGACGAUGAUGAUGAUGAAACCCUUGUCUCUUCUUCUUUCGAUAAUUUGUUUAACGGCCGAAGUAAUCGCAGGAAAAGCCUAGACGAAGACGAUGAUGAAGAUGUCGGAGGCGAUGAUGCCUUUGAGACCGAAAACGAUGUAGAUGAAUGGGACAUUCGAUCUUCAAUCGGAUUGGAUUCUACUCUUGAUAAAGAGGAAGAGGAAGAUGCAUAUGAUAAGAUGGCGGAAGGAAGGGAGAAUGGUGAUGAGUGUGAGCGUGUAUAUAUGAAGGAUGUUACUGAUCAUGGGCCUUAUUUGAAUUCACACAAUGUUCUCCCAAGCUUGGUCCAUGAAAAUCAUGAUGCUGCAAAAACCAGGUUGAAAGAAGAAGAUGAUGAUGAUGAUGAACCGAUGUUAAAUGCAGAAGAAGUAGAAGCUUGUGUCCCUGCAGCAUCCGGGGAGUGUGAGGGUGGUUAUGGUAUGAGAAUCAAGUCGAUACUGAAAAGGAAAAAUAAUGAUGAUGCGUUGAAGCCAACAGCAAAACGUGUGAGGUUUGACCCGAGUUGUAACAAGACUGAUGGAUUAAGAAAUGGCAUCCAGGUCCAGGGUUUUGCCUCGCCUGGGAAUGUUCCAGAUUAUGUUGUGAAUCCUUCAAAGUAUACACGUUAUGAUUUUGAUGAGGAGGGGUCUAAUCGUGAAGCUUAUUUGGAGAUCAUGGAAUCAAAGCAUGUUGGAGUGGAGGAAUCAUUGCCUACUAGUAGUAGUAGUAGUAGUUCGGUAGUCUUUAUUCCAAGGAAAAAGAAAAAGAGAGGCGAUGAUGAUGAUGAUGAUGAUGAUGAUGGUAUUGGUGCUGGUGAAGCAGCAGCAUUUAACCAUGUCCGUGUCCGUGAGGAGCAGGCUAAGGCCAAGAGAUCAUCUACAGCUAAAGGCAUUAUUGCCAUUGCUGCUUUAGAAUUAGAGGUACAACAACAGCAAGGUGAAGGUGAAGCAAUUAGCCAAGAGAUGCAGGAAGAGGAAGAGGAGUCACAUGUUUGUAGCAAGAAGCCAGGUCGUAAAUAUAGGUCAAGAAUGGAACAAAAAGAUGAUGAUGAUGAUAAUACUUCUUGAUGACUUGAUGUUGCUUUGCUUUGCUGUGCCUGACUGCCUGUCAUUAUUACUAUUAUUUUUUAAGUCACGUAAUUCAACUUGUAUUGGUAUUUGGUAA